AUCAUUUGUGCUGCUGGCAGAGUACUGGUCUGGCAUCUCCUGUUUCUUCAGUCUGGCUUUUGUUCAUGUUUCUCCCAUUUCAACAGACGGCCUGUCGAUCAAGACCUAUGUGUCCGCUCACGACACCCUUCCCUCUGCCCGUUACGCCAAGCAGCAGUGCUUCGACUGCAAUCUGUGUCGGUGGAAGCUACGCCUUUAAUCUGUUUAUUCACGAAGAUCACAUGAACCCUCGGCUAAAAAAACUGAUUUUGUAAAGUUUUUAGUCACACUGCAGAGGAUGUGUCGGCUUGCAUUCUGGUCAAUGUAUCUACAGUGCUGGGAUGUCGCUCUUCUGUCAGGCUUCCGCUGCUCUGGUUGGCUGGCCGCUGUGGCUGGAGGCAAAUGUCCAACACUCGUCUCAGUUCUGGAUGGCCAACAUGUACUCCAAGGGCACCAAACGCAAGUUCUCUGACAGUGUGGACGCGGCGACGGACAACAAGGCGGUGUUGUACAGCCGGCAGCGCCAGUUCCUGCUGGACAUGUCUCUGAUCAAGCUGCAGCUGUGCCACAUGCUGGUGGAGCCCAACAUGUGCCGCUCGGUGCUCGUUGCCAACACGGUGCGCCAUAUCCAGGAGGAGAUGACCCAUGACGGUAGCUGGCAGUUGGUCACUGAGGCUUUCGGCGGCUCUGGCCCAUCUGACCACCUGGUGGCCACCGAGGUUUUGUGUCGGUCAUCGGCGCUGGAGCAGCAGGGCGGUGGGUCCAAGCUCUACUCAGUGAUGGGCUACGAUAGUUGCCGCGAGGAAGAAGUGGUAACGGACGAGGCUCUCUGUUCUGUGACAGUUAGCGACGGGGCCCCGGCCCUCUUGGGGACCAUCGACCACUGCUGGGACAGGGCAGAAGUGAGAAUGGCGGCGGUAGAGGACCGGGUCAUCAAAGACUCCGGUUCGGAGGUGGAGGAUGGGGCGAUGUCUGGGGAGGGGGCUAAAACAGUUAUGGGGCAGGUGUUUGGGACGUUCGAGAUCAAAAAUGGCACCCCUGGGUCAGACCCGGCACUAGAGGAGCUGUUCUCAGCCGUGGAUGCCUCCUAUUAUGACUUGGACACCAUGCCCACAGGCAUUCAGAGCACCCCCAAGAUGGGGCCUUACAACCUUCUGGACAGCAUGGCCUCCUCCCACGGCCCCGCGUCCAACUCCAGCUAUAGAACCGAUCUCAGUGAACUUGACCACAUUAUGGAGAUCAUUGUCGGCUCAUAGCUUACAGACUUAAAACUCGACUGUUUGGUUGAACUUGUGCCUCUGACUUUUUGUCUUGUAUGUGUGAACAUACAGUGUCUACAUACCUUCCUCUGUAUGGAAACUGAGUGAUAUCCGUCUCCAUGCAAUGCCAUUUUGUUUUGUUUUUAUCUUAGAGGUUAACAGUUUCUCAAGUUCACCAUACUUAUUUAUUAUGUUUACUUUGUAUUUCAAUAUGUCCUCUUUUUGGUUUAAAUUAUUGUACCUAUUACACUACAUGAAUUCAGAGCAGCACAACAUUUACAUUAAUAAUCUUUUUUUAAAGAAAAUAUGUAUAGUUAAACUAUAUAUUUUUUACUGUAGAGACAGUCUGGGAAUUGUUCCCGACUGUCUUUAUUUUUUACAUUUGUAAGCAAGAACGAUUGCACAAAAGCUCAAUGUGUGAUUGGGGAGUAAUUUACCUUGUUUUCACAGGUUUAUCUUUGGUUGUGUCUCUGAGCUACAAGAGCAAAUAGGCAUUGUUGAAAACAUGAAUUAUGUUCAGUAUGCUCACAAUGUGAUCUUGGUCUAUGGUUUGGUGCUAUAUGCACUAUAUACAGUAUUCCUUAUAAACACUUGGCAUUUGUUGAGCCAGACAGUUCCAUCUUGCACUGCGGCUAGCUGUCACCUAGCAUGUGGUGCCAUCUGUUUGCUAUUAAAGUUACACAUGUUCUUAUAUUGUCUCCUUACAAGUGAAUAAUUAUAAUGGGUAUAUGUCUAAUUUUCUGUUCUGACUUUAUUUAUUCAUUUCAGUCAUAUGGUGAUGUUAAACCUUGGCAAUACUAACGGUUGCAGAAGCUUUUCACCUUUCAAACAUCAAUUGGUAUUUCGUUUCUUGACUUUCUUUGCGUACUUUUAGUGAAGUAAUGACCUUGUUCAAACCAAACUGAGAAAGUGCAAAGAAUUGUGCUUUUCAGCUGACCUGUUCCAACAGCGUUUUUUUUAUUUUUACCACGUUCAAAGCCUGCACUCGGCCACGAGAUAAAAUUGUGAGUAAACAACUGAUUUCUGAUUAAACAGCCAUGAGGUGGGAGAUACCAUGUUUCUUUUUUUUUUUAUAAUGAAGUACUAUACACUUGACAUACAUGACAAUGAGCUUGAGAAGAUGAUGCUUUUUAUGAGUCACCUAGCAGUUUAUACCAUUUUUAAUAAAGGUUCCAAAAUCAUAAUAUGAA